UCCCGCGCCGCCGAGCUCCGCCGUGGGCAGAGCGGACAGCACCGACUCGAGCGGAGCACCGCGCGUCCCCUGCCGCGAGGCCAGACGUCUGUCCGCAUCAGAGUGAGAGCCAGUGUUCCUGUGGCGGUGGUCCCGGAGCCAUGGAAGCACCUCUGCAGACAGAGAUGGUGGAGUUGGUGCCCAACGGCAAGCACUUGGAGGGGCUCCUCCCAGUCGCCACCCCCACAGCUGGCGGCCAGAGGGUCGAGGGGCCUGGACGGAGCUGUGUUGAGGGUGAAGGCUUCCUACCAAAAAGGCCCAGCAAGGAGCCACACUUCACCGACUUCGAGGGAAAGACGUCAUUCGGGAUGUCGGUGUUCAACCUCAGCAAUGCCAUCAUGGGCAGCGGCAUCCUGGGGCUCGCCUAUGCCAUGGCCAACACGGGCAUCAUCCUUUUCCUGUUCCUGUUGACAGCCGUCGCCUUGCUCUCCAGCUACUCCAUUCAUCUGCUACUCAAGUCCUCAGGGAUCGUGGGCAUCCGUGCCUAUGAGCAGCUGGGCUACCGUGCCUUUGGGACCCCAGGAAAGCUGGCGGCCGCCCUGGCCAUCACGCUGCAGAACAUCGGAGCCAUGUCCAGCUACCUGUACAUCAUCAAGUCCGAGCUGCCCCUUGUCAUACAGACCUUCCUGAACCUGGAGGAUCGGACCUCGGACUGGUACACGAAUGGAAACUACCUGGUGAUCCUGGUCUCUGUCGUCGUCAUUCUGCCCCUAGCCCUGAUGCGGCAGCUCGGCUACCUGGGCUACUCCAGCGGCUUCUCCCUCAGCUGCAUGAUGUUCUUCCUAAUUGCAGUCAUCUACAAAAAGUUCCACGUGCCCUGCCCGCUGUCCCCCAAUGUGGCCAACAUGACAGGCAACGUCAGCCUCGUGGAGAUCAACAAAGACGAGGCAGGGCUGCAGGCCAAGACGGAGGCCGGGGCGGCGUUCUGCACCCCGAGUUACUUCACGCUCAACACUCAGACGGCAUACACCAUCCCCAUCAUGGCCUUUGCCUUUGUCUGCCACCCUGAGGUGCUGCCCAUCUACACGGAGCUCAAGGACCCCUCCAAGAGGAAGAUGCAGCGGAUCUCCAACCUCUCCAUCGCCGUCAUGUACGUCAUGUACUUCCUGGCUGCCCUCUUCGGCUACCUCACCUUCUACGAUGGAGUAGAGUCAGAGCUGCUGCACACCUACAGCAAGGUGGACCCGUUUGAUGUGCUAAUCCUGUGCGUGCGCGUGGCUGUGCUGACAGCAGUCACACUCACGGUGCCCAUCGUUCUGUUUCCGGUACGCCGUGCCCUCCAGCAGAUGCUGUUUCCCGACCGCGAGUUCAGCUGGCUACGGCACGUGCUCAUUGCCGUUGGCCUGCUCACGUGUAUCAACCUGCUGGUCAUCUUUGCCCCCAAUAUACUGGGCAUCUUCGGGGUCAUCGGUGCCACGUCUGCCCCGUGCCUCAUCUUCAUCUUCCCGGCCAUUUUCUACUUUCGCAUCAUACCCACUGAGAAGGAACCUGCAAGGUCCACCCCCAAAAUCCUGGCCCUUUGUUUUGCUGCACUUGGCAUCUUGCUGAUGAUCAUGAGCCUGAGCUUCAUCAUCAUGGACUGGGUCUCGGGCACCAGUCGGCAUGGAGGAAGCCACUAGGAUGACCCCUGCAUCUCCUUCUGUCUCCUCGUCCUCGUCCUCCUGCCCAGACUCCUCAGUCCCUGCUCCCAUCUAGUGGCCAGUUGGUGGGGGGGGGGGGGAGGAGAAAGGCGUGCUGAGCACUGGCAUCUGGCCCUGCCCAGUUUGUUAGCGCCAGGACCAAGGCCCUCGGGCCACCACCCCACUGAGCUCCGGGGCUGCAGGGGCUUCCUGAGCUGGGAGCAGGGUGGGGCUGGACCCCUGCUCCCUUCCUGUUGCCUCAGAUCCCACCCAAGCCCCUUAUCCUCUCUGCACAGGGGCAUAGACUGACGCCCAGCGGCUGCCCCCUCAGGCCCCACAGCCUGUAGAGGGCGCACAGAGCUGAAUCAGCCUGCAGUCACCCCCCACCUUGCUGCCGGGCCAUGGUCUGCACCCUGGGGCCUCAUCUCCCUCAGCCCGCUUGCCUUUCCUCCUUCUGUCCCUGAGGCCCCUUUCAGGCACUGGGGCUCAGGCCCUUGGAUAAUCUAGUUCUCUUUGCCCAUCCCCCCCACCAGGAGCAGACACCCCCCUGGCCCCCGCAACCCCCACGCCGGCCUCACCCUAUCCCUGAGGCCAGAACUUGGUUUUCAAUUGAGGUGGGCGUCGGCACCCCCAAGGGACCUCUUCUCUGGCCCUUUGCCAGUCCUGGGGAGGCUGGGACUCCCCCCCACCCCAAGCCCAGGCCACAGUUCACAUUCCACUGCUGGGAGAAGAAAGAGGCUGGGGCCCAGAGUGUCUCUGCCCCUGGGAGCCAAAGACCCUACGGGCCAGUCUGGGGCAGAGGUGGAGAAGCUGGCAGCCCCUUUUAUAAAUAUUAUACAUAAGACCAGCUGUGCUUUAUAUUCUUGAUCUCCAGGGUGCCUGGGUUCCUGGAAGGUGGGGUGGGAGCCAGGACACGGAUGCUGAUGGAAGCCCACCCUGCCUGUUUCCCUGGGAUGAGUGAGGGACAGGGUGAGUCCCCUACCCCACCCCGUCCCCUGCGUCCCAAACCAAGCAGCAGCAUGCUGAGACCCAGUGCUGGGCCUGGGCCAGGCUUAGCACAGACCUGCUUUCUCACGGGGUGAGGUGGGGAGGAAUUAAUGAGGCCCCAGGAAAUGGGACAGAGAGAGGCCUCCGGAAGGAGGCAACGUGAGGCGCAUCCUCAGCAGCUUCAGGGAGGGUCUGAGCUGGGGGCAGCUGAGCCCUGCAGAAGCCCCUCAGAAGGGCCGCCUACCCUCCCUGGCUGCCAUGUCAACCCUCUGUCAAUGGCUUGCGUCUGGGGACAAAAGUCCUGGGAUCCUGAGCCCUGUCUGGAUCUUUUAUUACUAGUAAAUCCUGCUGUAAAUAAAGGUGGGUUAGCAAGUGCCU